UCAACCCGUCUAGCUUUCAGUCUCUUCACUUUGUGGUCUCCCCAGCUCUCCAGCCUUUCCCCAAAAACAAAUCCUCAGCCAAAAAACUUCCACUUCUAAAAGUCAAAACCCUAAAUAAUUUGCUACGCCAUUAGCACAACAAGAACAAGAUGGGAACAUUGGGAAGAGCAAUUUACGCCGUUGGAUUUUGGAUCCGGGAAACAGGUCAAGCCAUGGAUCGCCUCGGCUCACGCCUCCAGGGGAACUACCUUUUCCAAGAACAACUGUCGAGGCAUAGAACCCUCAUGAACUUGUUUGACAAAGUUCCUGCCGUUGAUAAGAGUGCAUUUGUGGCACCAAGUGCUUCGCUAAUUGGUGAUGUUCAUGUUGGUUCUAAUUCCUCCAUUUGGUACGGAUGUGUUCUCAGAGGUGAUGUUAACAGCAUCAGUAUUGGGACUGGGACGAACAUACAAGAUAAUUCCCUUGUUCACGUUGCUAAAUCUAAUCUUAGUGGGAAGGUCUUGCCAACCUCUAUUGGCAACAAUGUCACUGUAGGUCAUAGUGCUGUCUUACAUGGAUGCACUGUUGAGGAUGAGACAUUUGUCGGUAUGGGUGCAACAUUGCUUGACGGGGUGGUUCUAGAGAAACAAGCCAUGGUUGCAGCAGGUGCUCUUGUGAGGCAGAAUACAAGAAUACCUUCUGGAGAGGUGUGGGGAGGAAAUCCAGCAAAAUUCCUGAGGAAGCUCACAGAAGAAGAAAUUUCCUUCAUUUCCCAGUCAGCAAUCAAUUAUUCCAACCUAGCGCAGGCUCAUGCAGCUGAAAAUGCUAAGAGCUUGGAUGGUGUUGAGUUUGAAAAGGUUCUACGCAAGAAAUUUGCUAGACGGGAUGAAGAAUAUGAUUCGAUGCUAGGUGUAGUUCGUGAAACACCUACACAACUAGCUGUUCCUGAUAAUGCUAAAACUCCAAAGGCGGCUUAAUAUAAUUCUCAUGUCGAGUAGCUCUUAAAUUUUCAUUGACAUUUUGUUGUCUUAAGCGGUUACCUGGACAAAUCCCUGAGCUUCGUUUCUAAUAAUCCUUUGGCGCAGAUGAUGGAUCCUGAAAUGCAAUUGUUGCACGACACAUCUCAUCCUUUUUUUUGGUUAAAUGAAGGCUUUAUUUUCUUUUAAGAUUAUCAAUGCACAUGGAAUUGGAUUGUCCAAUUGUCCAAUAUGUCGUUUGUUAGUAAUAAGGGGGUACUGGCUCUUAUUUGUUUGCUUGGGUUUCUGUCACUGGAUGCACUUUCUUAUGUUUGUGCUCAAAUUGGAGAAUGAAGUCCUUUCAAUGAAGGUA